AAAUCAACUAAUAUUUAUUAACAUUGACGUUCCAUACGUGUGUGAGCAAUUUCACUUGACUUUUUUGUUUUUAUUUUUUUUAGCAACUGCUGAAGUGCAACGCUUGGCAAGCUGACGCUGUGGUGCAGGUCUCACCGCUGCACAGGCCGGGCCCAGUGCUGCAGGUUGUCCGGUAGGGUGCCUGCCGAGCUACAAGCAUGCUGUUGAUGUCAGGAGCAGAGGAGGGGAACGUGAGGAAUGGCUGAAAGCUGACGGUGAUCUCCUGCAAGGAAACAGACCUGAUUCCACUGCGUCCGAUACGCCGAGGAUUUCACCGCCACCGGAGCAGCCUGUUUUUCCGAGCGACGCAGCGCUUUAUUUAGUAUUAUUUUUCGGUUAUUUAAUGGGACAACGAAAACGUAAAAAAAGGCAAGGUAGGCUACCGCUCCUGUCGCCGACGCUGCUACUUUAUUUUCAUGGACUAAUACGACACACUGGGGGUUGAGAAAUGCUCCACGGAAAGGUAAAAGUGCUCGUCUUCGAAGCGGCCGUUUGCUUCUUAAGCUAGCUCGACGUUAGCCUGCGCGUGUUCCCUGAAUGUAUGAAGUGUUCGGACGUUAGAUUUGGUUGUGAAAAAGCGUCGCUUCAUCUCUGCAACAACCACAUGAGAAGUCGACGUCCUGAAUAGAUUCAACCACAAACAAAAGGCUCCCCCCUCCCUCUAAUUUUUUGACGAACAUUUUUUUGUGUCACCGCUUUCACCUGAACCGACGAUGAGAGAGAGGGGGGUAAAAAUGGAUUUGUUUUGGAUGUGUUUGUGGUGUUUGCUACGUCCCGGUGCCGCCGGUCAUGGGCAGUCGACGGCCGUUUGUUCGCCCUCAUGCAGCUGCGAUGAAGAUGGGGGUGCAGACUGCUCCGGGAGAGGACUCACCGCCGUCCCAACCGGGCUCAGUACUUUCACCUACUACCUUGACCUGAGCAUGAACAACAUCACUGAGCUUCCAGCAUAUGUAUUCAAGAACUUCCCCUAUCUGGAAGAACUGCGACUUGCAGGGAACGACCUGUCAUUCAUCCACCCUGAAGCCCUGUCUGGACUGCAUCAGCUCAAAGUCCUGAUGCUCCAGAAUAAUCAGCUGAAAACUGUGCCCAGUGCAGCACUGAAGAACCUCCACUCUCUCCAGUCUCUUCGCCUGGAUGCAAACCAUAUUACAGCAGUUCCAGAUGACAGUUUCGAAGGCCUUCAGCAGCUGCGCCACCUCUGGUUGGAUGAUAACAACCUGACGGAGGUCCCCAUCAGCUCUCUGAGACACCAGGCAAACCUUCAGGCUCUGACAUUGGCACUCAACCGCAUCCUGUACAUACCAGACAAUGCCUUUGCAAAUCUCACCAGUCUUGUUGUGCUGCAUCUUCAUAACAACAGAAUUAAGGAGAUUGGAGACAACUGUUUUGCUGGACUUGUGAACUUGGAGACACUAGAUCUUAACUUCAACAACCUGAUGGUCUUUCCCAAAGCGAUAGAAGCCCUGCCCAAACUGAAGGAGCUCGGCUUUCACAGCAAUGAUAUUGCCUCCAUACCGGAAGGGGCCUUUCAUAACAACCCCCUGCUGCGAACCAUACAUCUUUAUGACAACCCUCUGUCGUUUGUGGGCGCUUCAGCUUUCCAGAAUCUGUCUGACCUGCACUCGCUGAUGUUGCGUGGGGCCAGUAUGAUGCAGGACUUUCCCAUCCUUACUUCGACAAAUAAUCUUGAGAGUCUGACCCUGUCAGGAACUAAGAUAUCCUCCAUACCCAGUGAUCUGUGCGAGGAUCUGAAGUUGCUUCGGACGCUAGAGCUGUCCUACAAUGAGAUAAAGCAGUUACCAUCUUUCCACGGCUGCAUCCGGCUACAGGAGAUAAGCUUUCAGCACAACCACAUUCAACAAAUUGACAGGGACACUUUCCAAGGUCUCUCGGCUCUCCGUUUACUUGACGUGAGUAGAAACGAAAUCCGAGUUAUUCACAGAGAUGCUUUCCUCACCCUCACUGCACUCACCAACUUAGAUCUGAGUAUGAACUCUCUGACUGUGAUUCCAACAACUGGACUGAGCUCCCUUAGUCAGCUGAAACUCUCAGGGAACCCACAGAUGAAAAAUGUGCUGACUGCAAAAAACCUCCCCAAACUCAGGUCCAUCUCUGUCCCGUACGCCUACCAGUGCUGUGCAUUUGUUGGAUGUGACUCAAUGACGAGUUCCUCUGAGGAAAAUGACCUAAAGAAGCCUGCAGGCGGGGAGGAUGUGGAAAGAAUCUCAAUGAUUAUGCAUUGCUCUCCUUCACCAGGAGCCUUCAAGCCUUGUGAGCACCUCCUUGGUAACUGGAUGAUUCGUCUGACCGUCUGGUUCAUCUGCCUGGUGUCGCUGGUCUUUAACAGUCUGGUUCUGGUGGCCACCUUCUCCUCCGCCCACCGAGCGGUCGGUCAUUCCCACUCCAUGGCUCCGUCUCGUUCUCCGGCCAGGCUGCUGAUGGGGCUCCUGGCUCUGGCCAACCUGCUCACAGGGGUGUAUGUCGGCGUGCUGUCUGUGCUCGACCUCGCCACGUGGGGAUCCUUCGCCGAGUUCGGCGUGUGGUGGGAGAUGGGACCCGGCUGUCAGGUCACAGGAGCUCUGGCCGUCUUCUCGUCAGAGUGGUCGGUGUUGUUGCUGUCGCUGGCAGCUGUGGAGCGCAGCGUGGCCGUGCGGGUGAUUCUCGGCAAAGCGUUGAUGUCGCCCAGGAGGAGCGGCAGCAGCCAUCGCGGAUGCUUGAGAGGAGAUCGGCGCUUCAGCCUGGCUGCGGGACUGCUGGGGCUGCUGGCUGCCGCCGGAGCCUGCCUGCCUCUCCUGACCUUCAGCGACCAGUCCUCGUCUCCGCUCUGCCUGCCGUUUGCUGGGGGCAACACUCCAGCUCUGAGUGUCACAGUCAUUCUGGUGCUGCUCAACGCGCUGGCUUACCUGUUCACUGCCGCCGUGUACACCCAGCUGUACUGCCACCUCGGCAGGGUGGAGCUGGCCGAUCCGGAGCAGACGGGCGCCCUGAGACACGUAGCCUGGCUCAUCUUCACCAACUGCAUCUUCUUCUGUCCCGUGGCUGCUUUCUCCUUCGCCCCUCUCUUGACCGGCUCUACAGCUGGCGGUCUGGAGAUCGCCAAAUCCGUCACCCUCAUUUUCUUCCCGCUGCCUGCGUGCCUGAACCCAGUGCUGUAUGUGUUCUUCAGCCCGGCCUUCAGGGAGGACUGGUUGAGGCUGCGUGGCCGUGGAGAUCUGACCAGGGAGGUGAAGGCCGGCGCUGAAAGUCACCGAGAUGACGGUGGCGGAGGGUCAGAGCUCACAGACGGAAGCUCCACCCACCUGGGCUUUGACUGUGGGAUGUACUCGCAGCUUUGUGGAGAGACAGUUGUGUGCGAGCAGUGCGAGGCAGCGCUGCGUGCCCGGACCUGCUCUUCCCCCUCGUCCUCCACAGUCUGCAGACACUUAGUGAAGUCUCACAGCUGUCCCACCCUCCUAGCUGGAGCUGCAAUGUGCCAGCGCUCCGAGGGGUUUUGGGCAGACAGCGGCACACCCUCUGCUCAAUCUGAGUACGCCGACGAGGGCGACUCAUUUGUAUCAGACAGCUCGGACCAGGUUCAGGCCUGUGGCAGAGCCUGCUUCUGUCAGAGCAGAGGCCUUCCUCUCGUACACUACUCAUACAACAUACCUCGAGUCAAGGACUAAGGACGCUUCAGAGCUCCAGUACGUCUGUGUGCACAGAUCUCUGUCAUGUGAAUUUAGAUUCUACAAGAACAUAUAAACACUUUUAUAUAAGACAAGUCGUGCCAACUGCCCUGCGAUUCAGCAAGCACUUACAUUUGUUAUUACUGUGUUAGCAGGGAUGCAACCAAUCAUUUAAAGGGAACUUGGCUUUUUGAACUGAGAGACCGUUUCUAAGCAAACUGAACUGAGCACAUCACGUUACAAACUGGUCGACAAAGGAUUUUGCAAAGGAAAAUCUUGCCACCAGUGCCUGCCUCUUGCUUUCAAUUGGCCGUCAUGAUGAUGUGAGUCUCAGUGCGUAGGUGUCAAACAUUUUGUGAUUUCUGUUUUACCUGUUUUUGUAAGCUUCUAAAAUUUUAAUUAUACAUCUUCUCAUUUUUUGAAGCUUCUCCACAGCAACUGUUGAUUUUAUACUUUGAUUUUUUUACCUAAAUGUAGCAGAUGUAAUAAUCACUCUAGACUUUUUCGUGUGAAUGUAACUUUCAGGCGGUUUUCAGUGAGCGGGGAGGAUAAGAGAACAUCAGCAAUAACUUCUGUCCCACCUGCUAAUGUGUCGGUGUGAUAAUGGUAAACGACAGUCUGUAAUAAACACGUUUGCUUUCAGUUCCUAGGACUGAGAAUGUGAUAAAAGUAGCUGUAUCACUGUUUCAGCAACAACUACACUUGGUGGUUUAGAAAGAGGUUAUUUAUUGUUUGAGCAGCAGGAGUGUCUGGGCGGAGACUAUUUCAGGUGUGUGAAAGGUGGCUUCUGAAUGGUAAAUACACUUUAAAAUGUAACGCAAAGCAUUCACAAAAACAGCAGCACCUCUCUUUGUUUAUUUCUUCACUAAAAGUAUGUAGUACGCACAUCCAGAUUUAGGUCAUUACUUUCAUUUGUCUGAAGGAGAGUUCCAGUUAUUUUUAAAACCUGGGCCUUAUUGUCUGAGUUUUUGCCAUCAUGCUGUUUGAUUUGGAUCAAAGUGUGUAUUUCUUUGCUGCAGAGCUACGUAUUCUGUUUGUCAUUGAGCCAAGAGGCGCAUCAAACAUUCAGUACAGCAACACUUGAAUGAGAUCUGCUUUCAUCUGAUUUUCAGGUUGCUUUUGGCUCAUGGAACAUUUGUGGACUCCUUGCUCUGUUGAAUAUAGCCUGUUUUAAUGCGCAAAAACGGUCUAAAACAUUUCAGGAAAUGUGCUUAACCCUCGCGUUGUCCUGCAGGUCAAAUUGACCCGUUUUAGAGUUUGAAAAUGUGAGAAAAAAUAUAUUUUCACAGUGAAACUUCUGAUGUUCACAUUUUCAACGUUUUGGGGAAAUUUUUGAACAGUUUUGGUGGGAAAAAAAAAAUAUUAAAGAAAGAAAAUAUUAGAAGAUUUACUGAUAUAUACGUAAUCACUGUAGAUAUUUUUAGGAUUUUUUUGGGGGGGGAUUUUUACUCAUUUUUUAAAAGUAUUUACAAGAAUUUUCUUGCCAAAUUUGGGGGCUUUUUUUGCGAAACUUUUAAGGAAUUCUUGGAAUUUUCUUCGAGGUUUUGCAAAUUUUCAGAAAUUUGGGGAAUUUUUUGCUGAAUUUUUUGAUUUUUUUUUCAGACAAGGAAGGAAUAUUUUUUGGUGCCUGUAAAUAAAGACAACAGGAGGGUUAAAUGUUGUUUUGCAGAAAGUGAGCUACUGCUUAUCACGUCUGUAGCUAAAUAUGAAGCUAUACUUAGCUUAGAUUUGCAUCAAGACGGGAAGCCGAGGGAAAUAGCAGGCCUGUUUCCAGACUUUAUUCUAUGCUGUGUUAAACUAAACAAGUGCUGGCUCUGAUUCUAUGUUCAGCUCACAGAUAUUACAGAUAAAAUGAUCCAAAAUGCCACAAAAACCAAAAAUACAAUAAACAGGCAUUUAAAAAAAAAAAAUACAGGAAAUCCCCAAAUCUAAAUCAACGACAUUCACGCUUGCUGAACUUACGAGGAGAGCAUGUGAUGUAUGUCUAAAACUUAUCAUUAAACAGAUUUUUGGCUUGCGAGCAACAACUAAUAGCAUCCAAAUUGAACACAUGAAUGUAAUCCCGCUUUCCUUUCAUGUGAUCCGAACGCAGGACAAGACCGGCAACCAGCUGAGUCAACAAGAUGGUGUGCGAGCGAUGCCAAAAAAAUCUGAAGUGAACCAGCGUAAUUGGGAAUUGGUUGAUUAUUAUUCACCCACAGAUAUUUAAAGACAAGUAUCUGCAGUUUGCACCAAAUUUUUGGCAUUUGUGUGACCAUAAAUGUAUACAUGAUGGUACAAAAGUAGGAAAAUAAGGCCCACGGUGGGAAUAGGAGGAUUUAUCUCUGAGCAAAUUUACUACCUUAAAUGUCUUUGCAAUCCUCAGACACUUUGUUUGGUCAUUUCAGUCCAGUUUAAUUCACUGCGCAGUUCAUCAGAAGAGCAUUGUUGUGAUAUUGUCAAGUAAAUGUGUGUCUUUUGAUCCUGAGAGCCGACCUGAGUGGAGGCGGUGUGUGUCGAGGAAUUGACCGAUGAUUGGUGUGCUGGAGCACGACUGUACACAUUAAAGGUGGAUACGCCCUCGGAGCAUGUAUCCACAAGCACACAUCAUGUGAGUGCUCAGGAAUUUAGGCAAUGUAGGGAAGCGUUUUCCUUCCACCGACGAGACAUUCUCGUGUCUUUCAUAUAAUGCACGUGUUUUCUUUUUAAAAUGUUGUGCACAUUCUUGCACCAAAAACCAAAAUGUCCUUUGAUUGUUUGAUAUGUCCCAUCUGGUGAGAGUGUACACAUUUUCAGUAGUUUUUUUUAAUGUAAAUUAUUUGAAAAGAAAACAAGUAAUCAAGAAUGGGAUGCUAACUAAGGAAGCUACCUCCUCAACUGUAGUGGCUGCCAGCAGUGCUUUGUAAAUGAAAAAAUAUCUGUUUUCAUUUGUUGUUACUCUUUGUUUGCAUUCUUGGCUUUAUGUUGACAUAUGUGCAAAUUGUGGGAGGAAUCUAUGUACUGUAUACUGUGAUUUUUUUUUUGUUUUUUUUUAACCACCAAACUAUAAACUAUGAAAAUGUUUUAUCUUUUAUAGAUACAAACCUGCAUAAUAAUACAGAUUAUAUAAAAUAUCUCACGUAAUUUCAGUUCUAAUUAAAUCUUACUUGUAGUUUUUCAUGUGCGAUCUCCCCAAAUUGUUUUUAUUCUGUUCGAAUAAUUCUUUAAAUUGUGAAUGAAUAAAAUUAGAAGAACACGA